CUCCGCCAGGUGCCCGGUCCCCUUGUCUGACAGAUUGUGAUCUCUGUCUCACAAAGUGAAGCUGACGAGGUUAUCCCUCUUCGCCACUCCCCUCCCCCCUCCCUCUCCUUGCCCUCCCUUCGCACCCGGUUUUCAUCAUGUCUGCCGCCAACUCCAAGGUCUUCCCCCUCGCUGAGGCCAACCUCUCCGCCCAGAUUCUGGACCUCGUCCAGCAGGCCACCCACUACAUGCAGCUCAAGAAGGGCGCCAACGAGUCCACCAAGACCCUGAACCGUGGUACCUCGGAGUUCAUCGUCCUCGCCGCUGACGCCGAGCCCCUGGAGAUUCUCCUCCACCUGCCCCUCCUGUGCGAGGACAAGAACGUCCCCUACGUCUUCGUUGCCUCCAAGCAGGCCCUCGGCCGUGCUUGCGGUGUCACCCGUCCGGUCAUCGCCUGCUCUGUCACCGCCAACGACUCCUCCGAGCUGAAGAACCAGAUUCACAACAUCAAGAUCGAGAUCGAGAAGCUCCUCCUCUAAAUGUGCCCCCCCCCCCCCCCCGUACAUCCGCACUCGCAUUCCCCCCCCCCC